UUCUCUGAUUUAUCCAAUCGGGGUCAAAGCAGAUCAUCGGUGUGACAUUCGGGUAUUUUUUUUGUAAUCUCCUCGAAGCUAUCGUAGCGGAACGUAUUCUAGUUUUUGCUGUUACCCUCACGUACGAAAGCAGCGUAAUUGCCUGAAAGAAACAGAAUUGCUCCUCUGUCCCGUAAUGCAUUCGUGGCCAAGCUCAUCACUGGCACAAGCUAAUCGUUCUGCUUCAUAUGACGAUUUGGGCUGGAAACUUUAUUUUCCCAACGCUGAAGAACCGUUCCCUCCCUCCACUAUGCGGUUGCACGUAGCCACAAUCGAACAACAUUUUAGAAACUUUCCGUACGAAUAUUCUAUAUCGUUGGCACGAGAAGAUCAUUGUUUUGAGUUUAAACUGCUGCUUGCCAAGCGUGAUAUACACGUUCGGGAUCGAUGGUCUACGUUGUAUGAGGAUUUCGUUAGCAGACCUGAGUAUACCAUUGGCAUCAUCGGAAUGGCAAUGUACCGGAAUGCUUUGCGCAGUAACCAGAAGCACUAUCCGCUCGAUAAUCCCGCUUAUUUGCCGGUAAUUAAACCGUGGUUCCAUUAUUUCGGUCCCAGCGUGCCGAUACGAAGCAUUGGUCAUAGUCAGAUAGGCAAAUUAGUCACCACACGUGGCGCUUGCACUUGUCAAUCACACGCAAACGAAGCAACGGAAUCGACAAGAACACUCACACUUGCAGAGAACGGAUACACGAUUUCCGUUGCAAUCGAAGGUGGCUAUUUGUCUAAGAAGAUGAAAGGCACCAUCUAUGUUGGUGACGAUCUAACACUAACUGGCAUCGUGGCGCAAAUCGAUGGCCAUCUCAUUUUACGUGCUGUAUCGAUACAGAGUAUCAAAAACGCUCCAUCAACCGAUAAAAACGGAGAAAAUCCGAAUUUACUCGAUGUAUCUAUACGAAGUCGCACCUCUUUUCCGUUCAAACUUUUAGUGCAAUCCCUGUGUCCUGCAAUGGAUGGAUUCGAAAGCAUUAAGGCUGGCUUGCUACUUGCCCUGUUCAGCAGGAGCAAUGGUUUGCACGUUUUGCUGGUUGGAGGCAACAAUGGGCUAAGACAAAACCUUCUGCAAAGCUGUGCUCAAGCAUCACCGAGAGGCAUUCUGAUAGCUGAUCCUUCCCAGCCAAUGGGAUUGCAUUGCGUGAAGCAUGGCUGUGGUCUAAGCUGCAUCAAUGCUGGCCCCUUAGUACUCACUGACUUGGGUGUCUGUUGUAUAGAGGAAGUAAAAAAAGUAACGGAUUUAGAAAAUCUGUUCAGAAUAGUUCACGAUCAAGAGGCAUCGUUACGCACUGCUGAUCGUCUGAUUAAAGUACCUGCCAGAACAACACUAAUCGCUGGUACAUCGAUCAUUGAACCGGAUGGCUCGAAAGCGUUUCUAGAUUGUCUGGCAUUACCUCGAACAGUGGUCGAAGAGUUUCCCUUAGUUUUCCACUUGGCAGACUGUACCGAUCCGAACGAUAAGCUCGUUUGCCCAAACGGAAUACGACUAAACCCGGAACAGUCUGGCAGCAGUAAGUGCAGCGUAGAAGUGCCACUUGUAAAGCAGCUUCGAAACCUUCCCGAAGAACCCGUUGAGCUUCUGUCGCUGGAGCAGAUUCGCAAUUAUAUCGAACACACACGCCGCUGCUGUCGACCACAGUUUACGGAACAUUCGAGAGCACUGUUGGGCGAUUUUUUCACCCAAUUACACUCGGUGCCAUCGUGGCUGGAGUGGAAAACGGAAAGGAAUAUCAGCAAUAUCGAGAGCAUGGUUCGGGCCCGAGCGACGAUGGAGCUUUGUGAGGAAAUCUCCUGCGAUCAUGUGAUGGAUACGAUCCGUAUCAUCGCUCGAAGCUGGUACGAUAAAUAUGACUCUGACGAUAGACCACCGCUGCUCUGCCUAUCGGCAGCGGGCCAAGCACGCCAAGCGAAAGUCUCCACUCUACGGCCGUUUCUUCAAUCUUUGCGCCUACAAUCCGUCUCUUCCGGAACGAGGCAGUUUUCAACAGCUGCACUCCACUGUUUGGCGCGCGGGAUUAGUGGGGCCGCUGGUUUCGAGGAUGAGCUGAUCGAAAAACUGAAUGUGCAAGGCUUUUUGCUGAAGAAAUCAUGCGGCUUGUAUGAGCUGAUAGGCUGAUAAAUAAAUAGCACAGACAGUGCAAAUAAAAAUUAAA